AUGUUGAACUCUGAGACUUUGUUAGAUUCGGAUGCAGAGGAUGAUAUUGAAUUGGAUACAGUGGUUGCAUUUGCAGCGCGUCAUUUAGUGGAGGAGAUAGAAGGGCAGGUGUUGUAUCAAGAAAAAUACCACAAGGAAAAGAUUAAAACAUUAACGGUUGCUCUUGUUAUAUGCCUAAAUAUCGAUAUUGACCCACCUGAUGUGCAGAAAAUCCCACCAUUUUCCAGGGUUGAAGCGUGGUUCGACCCGACAGAUGCUAACAGUCUGCAUGCUUUGGAAACCAUUGGAAAAAAUUUACAGUGUCAGUAUGAACGGUGGCAACCACGUGCAAGAUACAAGCAGUGCCUUGAUCCUACUCUGGAUGAUGUGAAGAAAUUAUGUCUCAGUUUGAGACGUAACGCUAAAGAUGAUAGGAUUUUGUUUCACUAUAAUGGACAUGGAGUUCCAAGACCCACGGAGAAUGGUGAAAUAUGGGUUUUUAACACUAAAUUUACAAAAUACAUCCCAUUAUCAUUGUAUGAUCUCCAGAGAUGGUUAGGUGCACCUGCAGUUUAUGUGCUUGAUUGUCAAAAUGCUGGCAGAAUUAUACAAAUGUAUGAGGUGUUUUGUGAACGACGCAAAGCCGAGGCAGCUGUAGCUGAACAAAGACAAAUGGAAUAUGAUGGGAAAACUGAUCAGUCAGAGCUCUUUCAGUCUAAUCAUCAAGCACAUGGUGCACCCUAUGAAGGUGCUAAUCACUCAGAUGCACACAUUCAGAUGCCUGUACCGAACCCAUCCCAUAUUGUAAGUAUGGAGAAUACAAUUAUGUUGGCUGCCUGUGGGAAAGACGAAGAUCUGCCACAGAAUCCUAAUCUGCCAGCAGAUUUGUUCACUGCUUGCCUUACUACUCCGAUUAGAAUGGCUUUACGUUGGCAUUGGUUAAGGCACCAAGAAUACUUCCCAGGUUUUUUAGAUGAAGCCUUGCUGGAUCGUAUACCAGGUUCUCACUCAAAUCGAAUGUCUUUAUUAGGCGAGAUUAAUUGGAUAUUCACGGCUGUUACGGAUACCAUUGCUUGGUGUAGUUUUCCACUGGAUAUAUUUCAAAAAUUAUUUCGUCAAGAUUUACUUAUUGCUAGUUUAUUCAGAAACUUUCUAUUAGCUGAACGUAUAAUGAAAUGUUAUGGUUGUCAGCCGGUUUCAGCGCCUUUAUUACUGCCUACCUAUCAGCAUAGUAUGUGGGAUGCAUGGGACCAUACAUUGGAUCGUGUCAUUCAUUAUUUGCCUAGAAUGUUGAAAAUUAUCGAAGGUAGUCCGUAUGUUGAAAAGAAAUUACCUAUUAUCCGUCCGAAUCCAGAUCCGUCUAACGGGCAGUUAAAUCACCAUCAUCAAUCAGUUAAUCCUGUUCAUCAAAAUAACUCAAAUAAAAUCAUGAAUGCUGCUAGUAGUCAUAACCAAAAUAUUAACAAUCGAAUUACGUCUCCCAUUGGAAAUGUCCCUUUGGAUGCUUGUGUAAAUCGUGUAGGUCAAUUUUGUAUACAACAACAUCAACCACGGCACCCAAAGCAGCAGCAGCAGCAACAACAGCCAUCUCAAGGAAUGCUUGGUGGAGUUGCUGGUGAACGAGGUGGUGUACAGUUCCUACGACAAAUGACGACUCUCGCUCCUCUUUGCCUACCGCCAUCUAAACCACAUCAUUCAACUAAUAUGCCACUUUCGAAUCAAAUUUUAAAUGACGCGGCUAAUCCGACCAUCUCAGCGACUACUAAUGUCGGUGUGACGACAACAGUGACAACUGUUGAUCCUUCAAAAAUACCUUCAGUUGCACCGCCUGUUGGUUAUUCAAACAACCAAUCGGAUCGACAAUUAAAUAACUGUCGUGUAGAGAGUCACUUAGCUGGUACUAAUUUGCUUCGUGGUAGUAAUGAUCAAUUGAUAGUUCAUCAACAUCAAGUCAUUGGUGGUUUACCUUUGGACUACCAUCGAGGUCAACACCAGAGAAUGUCUGGUCAAGUCUCCGCGUUGGCAUCUAAAUCAAGGACGUGUAAACCAGUUCGAAGCUCAGUGGCUCCCCCUCCAGGAUUUAAUAAUCAGAACCAGCCGAAACAGAAACAGUCGUCUUUAUCGUCUAAACUGGAGAUGGAAACAAUAAAUUUAGCCUCAAAGAAAUCUGUUUUAACUUUAAUUGGAUCAGAUCAGCGUUAUCACACUACUGCUAACAACAUUGAUAAUCAUGAUAGUAAAGCUGACUCGACUAACAUGAUGGUUGAAUCACAUAGUUUAGAGCAAAAACAAGUUUUGCCAACACGUGAAUUAUCUAAGAGCAAGAAAAGUGAUCCUAUUACAACAACAAAUAUAACUGAUGAUGACCAACGGCAGCAUGUACCAUUCACGAACAACUCGAAGGAAAAACAGGCGGAUCAACUAUUUGAGCAGAUUGUAGAUAAACAGUCUAUUACAAAAGAUGUUUUAACCAAUCCUCAAGUGAAUGAAGUGAAGAAUUUCACUUCAAAAUGCAGUGAAAAUGUGAACACAGACGUUGACGUUGGUAAAGGAUGUGAUGGUGAUAACAAUGAUGACGGUGGGGAUACUGAGGAUAGCGAUGAUGAUGACGAUGAUGAUGACGUGGAUGUUGACGAGGAUGAUGAUGACGAAGAUGAUGACGACGAUGAUGAUGAUGAAGACGAGGAUGAUGAAGUGAAAUCCAAUCCGGUUACUUUAAAUGCGCCAAACACAACUGCUUCUACUGCAUUUACAAUAAUAACGUGUACAUCUACAAAUACGGAAUCGACCAUCACAACACUAACAACAACAACUGCUGCUAAUAGAAAUACUACUACAAUGACGCACUUUGGAAAACCAUUUGCUUGUGUGAUAAAUCCGAAUGAUAACAAGAAUGAGUCGAAAAAGACAAAUAAUAAUAAACACAUUGUGGAUGUUGUUAAUCAUUUUCUUUUGGUUACUACUAACUGCGCUAACAAUGUGGGUAAUCAAACGAAAAAGCAACUUUCACGUAGUCUUUCUUGUCCAUAUUUAUUUUCCCGUCCAAUGAAAGGACAUUACUAUUAUCAUCAUUAUCAGAUUACACGGCAACAUAAACAAUUAGAGAAAAUUGACUUAGACCAUGUAUCUCAUAGACGUCAAACAUCUGUUCAACAACCCUUUCUACGACCGUCUCAGUCUCCUAUACCGAAGGUAAAUAGUGAUACUAAUGGUAAUGCUAUAAACUUGACGUCAUUGAAAAAAAUAGUAGCUGGAACUAAUAAUUUAUGCGGGGAUACAACGAAUUCUCAAAAUAAGUUAAAUCAUCCUCAGUCCCAACAACAACAAGGUCAGCAAGUGAAUAUGCAAAACGCUGAUUUACACGCUUCAUUGAAACAUGAUACUUCGGAUAAUAAUGUAAUUCCAAUGAAUAAGCAGGAGGAACCACCAGUAUUAAUACAGAAACAGGUUACUCAGCAUAAUAAAUCUAUGGAUGUGCGGACUAGGUCACCUGUGAGACCUCAUAAACAAACUUUGCCUCAUUAUCCGCAUGGUUAUGAAAAGUUAUAUUUGCUACCCAGUGGCAGUGACGCUAGUAAUCCUCCUGGACAUUAUCGUCAUCGUGUUGGUACGAAACUAGGGGCUAACCAUUUGCUACCACCCCAGCCAACAAUCACAAUAACAGGGGCACCUUUUCAAACCAAUUCAACAACGCAAUAUUUAGACCAAAGAAUAUGUAUACGAUUACCGAAUGAUGCCAGUAACCUACCAUUAUUAACAAAUAAUCAUGUUCAUCAUGAAAAUGUCCCCAAUAUGAGUAGAUUUCCAUCUAACUAUACUUCAAAUAUGAUACCUUCAAGUCAGCAAGUUAUCUCUAAUCCAUUGUUGCAGACUACUGAGCAAUCGAAUCAGCUAGCUUCAACUACUGUUAGCUCCGGCUCUGUGAUAGGUGGCAGUGGACCAGAUUCAUUUUUCACCAGUCAAAUGACUGCGUUUAAAAUAUGGUUACAGACAGCUGAUGAGAGACGUCCACCAGCUACUCAACUUCCAAUUUUGUUACAGAUUUUAUUGAGUCAAAGUCAUCGAAUUCGUGCAAUGCAGUUGUUGAGUGAGUUCCUUGACUUAGGACCGUGGGCUGUGGCUCAUUGCUUAACUGUCGGCAUAUUUCCAUACAUAGUUCGGUUAUUUCAUUCACCAGUGCCUGAGGUGAAACCACACUUAGUUUUCAUCUGGGGUAAAAUCAUUGCCAGUGCACAGACGGAAUUCGGUCGCAACGAUUCUGUUCGUGAUUUCGGCUAUAAAUACUUUAUUGCUUGUCUUAGUGAUACUGAGAAUCUUUCUCCUCUUACUCGAACGAUAACAGCUUUUGCAUUGGCUAAAAUGUUAGAAAAAGACCAAUCUGGAGAGCCUGAUGCGUUUUUUCAAGAUGUGUACUUGAAACAGAAUUUUUUACCAAUUGUACUUACUCAGUUGUUUGAUAAUACACCUAAGCAUCAACAAGAAAUGCAUAUACGCAUGCGAUUAUGGCUGAUUCUUGCGUUGGCUAAGUUAUGGUGUAAAAAUGAUGAAGCUCGUUGGUUUGGUAUUCGACAUAAUGUACCUGAAGUUCUACUUGCCUACUUAAAUGAUGUUUCCCCUGAGGUUAGAGCUGCUACAGUAUACGCUCUUGGCACUCUUAUAGAGAAUCAGACAACAGACCAGUCAAAACAAGACCACGCUGAUCAGAUAAGUCAUGAAAUUGGUGGCCAGUUAGUGAAAAUUACCUCUCGUGAUGCCAGUCCGCUAGUUCGUUGUUUGUUAGUUGAAGCAUUUCGUGGGUUAGUGAAACAGUUUGAAUCACAAUUGUGUGCUAUUGGCACUCAGUACAUACAAGAAAUUAAAGUGAGACAAUCACAACUACAACUGCAACAUCAAAAUUCUGCAAAACUGUCAACUUUUCCAGCAUCUCCAUGUCCAAUCAAAAGACCUAUGCGUCAUAGUACGAUUAAUUUAAUCACACCUCCUGGAGGAGGAACAGUUAGCGUUGGAAUUAAUAACAGUCUACACUUAUCUCGUCAAAUGGAAUCAACUAUAUUUUCACAAGGCAGUCAAUCCUUCAAGAGGUCUACAAGUCGAGAAAAUAAUCCAUUAGCUGUUAAAUCUCAAAGUUAUUAUAGAGGUCAUUUAAAUUUGCAACGUCCAUCGUCACCAGUUCUACAUAAAUUGUCUACCAGUCCCGGUUCAGUGUUUUUCACUGGUAGUGGAAAUGCACCUAGUACAAACAUUUAUGUUCAAUUUUGGCUGACAUUAGUUCAGUUAGCACAAGAUCCUUAUCCAGAAAUCUCUCGACUAGCCACAAUUUUGAUUCAUUAUUUAUAUGCUAAGAUACGUGAAAAGACUGAAUAUCAGGUUAAGCAUAAUUCACCUAAUAUCAAAAAUGCGGUUGUCAAUAAUUCAUCGUCUACACCGGACAUUUCAUCACAUGUAGCGGCGACCAUUGAAAUAUCCUCCUGUGCUCCAAUAAACCCCCAUGUCCAAUCAAAAUCCAGUGGAGUGAAUCACGUGCCUGUUAUGAAUGGUAUAUCUGACCGGGUCGGUGCUAAAGAAUUUUCUUCGAAUUCUACAACAUAUUUGACGUCAUCGCUCAAGACACCUACCGCAAUUGCAGCGGGGGCGACACUUAUUCAUUCUGCUCAAUUUCCAGGUAGAAGACAUCAACAAACUGAUCAGCGUUUACGUGUAUCGGUUACAAAUCUGCCGAAUACAAUUCUGAAUAAAAAUCCUAUAACGCCAUCGUCCAUUAAUACAUCUGGUAAUUGUAACAAUAAUGAUAAUACAAGCGAUGAUAAUUGUAACGCUUCCCCUUCUUCGAAUUUAUCAGACGUGCGUACACAGUUCUUUUCAUGGUCAUGUCGUUGGUUCACUCGCCCCCUGUUGUCCACUUAUGGUCAAUUGAGUGCUCACCAUGGCAGUGGUAAUGACAACUAUAUUAUUAAUAAAUUCAAAAAUAAUGAGAGUUUGACUAACCAACCAAUUUUGGACAAUGAAUUAAUCUCCUUGGGUACAGUCUCGGUUGAUCCAGAUGCUGUUGCUUAUACAGACCGUGUAAAUCGUCUACGAAGACAACGUAAACUUUCUCGUCUAGGACGUAUAAAAUGGGAACGUUUCGCCGGUGAAGUAUGCUGUCCUACUACACCAGUGGCAAGUAUGACUCGAAGUGUUUCAACUGAUCAUAAUACCAAUAACACUAGUAGCAGCCGUAUCAGUCUGCAUAGUAAUGAUAGUGGAGGUAGUAAUAGUACAAGCAAUUCAUCCACCAUUGUUACACUUCAUCCUAGUGCACUUUACAAUUGUACUGCUGCCACUACUACUGCUCCUAGUAGUAUUAGUAGUGAUUAUAGUAAUAGUGAACUCGACGGUAUAUCAACAAGAAUAAAGUUUCAUCCAUAUCAACCAUAUUUGGUUGUUGUUAAUCCAAAAAAAGGUGUUGCAAUACAUUCAUCAAAGAACUUGGAUCGCUUACAUUAUAUCAAUCUAUCAGAUUUAUCGAAUCCUCUAUUUCCUGAAAUAUCGUCUCCGUUGUCGUCUGUAGACGGGUGUUCACGGGCAGGUUAUGUUACCGAUGUGGACUUUGUCAAUGCAGCUGAAGAGCAAAGUUUACUAUUAACAGCUACAAAUGAUGGUUAUAUUCGUAUAUGGCGUAAUUAUACACAUCAUCUUGGUCAAGAUCCAGAGAUACUCACUGCUUGGUCUGGUAUUUCUGAUUUACAUCAAACUGACUAUCCAAUCGGUGUUGUUGUCCAUUGGAAUCAACAAGCAAAUCAAUUAUCUGUCUCAGGUGAUACUCGAACAAUACGUAUAUGGGAUUGUUAUUCUGAAUCAAGAUUAAGAGAUUUGAAUACUGGUGCAGACACCUCGGUAACAUGUCUUACUCAAAGUGGAGAUAAUCAUUUACUCGCAGCUGGAUUCAAUGAUGGAGGAGUACGGGUUUGGGAUUUACGUGUAUCAUCGAGUCAUAAUAAUGAUAAUCUUAUAUUCAAUAGUCAGGCUGAUUCAGAUCGGAUACAUAAAGUAAUGUUUUCACCAUUGAAUCGACUGUAUGCUAUAGGCGCUAUGGGUGGUGUUGGAGUGUGGCAGUUAUCAUCAUCAGCUGGUAGCAAUAACAGCACUAUGACAACUUCUACUACAACGAAUACUCCGACUGCUACUUGUGUGAGGGGUAACCAUGGUCGCAAUAGGUGUAUAUCAACAGCGGUUACGUCAUCACCGCACUUUACCAAUAGUAUGGGUAUCCAUAGCGAUUCUUAUAAUAGUGGUAAUAGCAAUGCUACGACAUCUCGACGAUUUCGGCGACUACCAUGUCCUCCAAGAUUAUCUUUGCCAGCUAAUUCAUUUGUCAAUUGUGCUGAUUUACUGGUUGAUUUGUCCUCUCCUCACGCGCAUCUCGCAGUAGCUGGUUAUCGUGGUCAGUCAAGUAUUUCUCUGCAUCGUAUUCAAGAUGGAAGUUUACAUUCAUCUAUUAAACACUAUGGUCAUCUUAGUCGAGAGCAAUUUGCGACACCUACAUGUUGUACUUUCCAUCCGAUUGAGCUUUUAAUAGCCGCCGGUUUGGACGAUGGAUCCCUGCUACUGCUGAAUGCUCAGCAUGGACCAAGCAACAAGUAG